AUGACGGAAGGGUCGGCGGAUGUUCACCUGGACUUUUUAUUCAACAAGAAUCGCAGCGUGUGGACGUGUCUAAAGAGAAUUCACGUUGGUACCAAUGGGAAAAACGUGCAGGACGAGCUGAUAAAGCUCCUCAAGACGCUAAAGGAUGAGGAAAAGUACAUUACGGAGGGAUCAGAACUUUGGGAUUCUAGCGACGUGCAGGUGUGCGAGUACAAGGAGAAUGUAGCAGAGAGAGGGAAAACUCUCUACACAGUCAUACGCUGUGAUCCUGCCGGAGGAUAUUUGAGCGAGGACACGGUAAUCUACAUUGAGGAGGACAUCAAGCCGCUAAAGAGCAUUCACCUGCUAUGGGACAUUCACUCCGACUUUAGCAACUAUGCGGCAAUAUUCACGCCAUCUUCCUCUGACAUUACCAAAGAGUCCAUUCUAGACCGAGUCUAUGGCCCGUUUUUUGUCAAAAAUACACGCUCUGGGCUAGAGCACGAGGUGGAGGAUGUAAAGAAGAAUAGGGGCACCAAAAACUGCAAUUUGAGGAUACUAUCAAUGGUCCUGGAACGACCAGAUGAUGAGUCUGCUAUAAGCCAAAUUUCAUACGCACCGGAUCCUCUAGGUGACUCUCCGAACCGUUCAAGUCAAGAUGAAGGAUAUUUGAAUCUAAAGAGAAAGAGUGUACUAGCAGACAUCUCAGAGAUACGCCAAAACGUAAUGUGCAACAUGCAGCAAGAGGAUCCAUUCUUGUAUGAAAACGCAUUCUUUAGGGACUCUGCGUUUUUAAUCGACUCUGACUUUGGACCGGUCAGAGGCUACGCUGACAACAUCGAGGAGAGCCUGAAUGCCGAGCCUUCUUCCAUUCAUUCCGGGGGAUUGAAUAGUGGCGCCAUAAAGACUGCUAAUGGUGGGACCAAACUCUUUGCCUCCAUGUUCAAAAACUAUGUCUCCGACCAGCUAGCCUCUGACUUUCGCAUCUUUUACUUUGGAAAAUCCUUCUACAUUGGGGACCUAAAGUUUAUAGUCUCCAACCUGGAACCGGCCAAUAAGCCCGGAUACAUUUCACGCAAGACAAAAAUUUACUUUCACGUUGACUCGGUACACGAAUAUUCAAAGGUUACAGUCGCUCCUUUGGUGGACACACUCCCUACUCUGUACCAAUACGAUCUCUUGAAUGAUCACGUCAAGCCAUUCUUUAGACUAAACAGCCAUCGCAUAUUUCACAAGGGAGAUGUUUUCAAGCAUUCCGGAAUUCAAUUUAGAAUACAAGAAGCCACAAUUGGUGGAUCAAUUUUUAGCAUUUUCAAAGAAGCCAAAUCGGGACGAGUCGGGAAUAACACAGAAAUUGUCGUUGCAGACCCGGUGAGGCCUCGAGUGCUGGAUCUCUUGUCGCCUCAAAAGGUUGCAAUAUUGAGGGAGACUCCGCCCUGUUAUAGGGAGUCGUUAUUUGCAAAGUUUACAUCGGAGCUGGACCAUGAGAGUCUUGUCAGACUACACGAUACAGAGUCUCACUCCAGCGUCGUUCAUGACGUAAACGUAAACAACACGCUUUUGAACUCGUUGACGCCGUCAAAUCGCUCGGACAUUCACUACACUCUAAAAUGCACCGUGUGCUACGAGCCAAUUUACACAAGGGGAACCACACAUCGACAUGACACAUCCAAAGGGAAUUUUAAUGAGGAAAGGGACGAGGUCACACCGUCCACAGUAGCGGAUACACCUUCAACGCUCUUUGAACCCGUAAACAUCAAACGUCUUCCGUGCGGUCAUGUCUUCCAUAAGGGAUGCGUCUACACUUGGGCCUUGAAUAAAAACUCGUGCCCUAAUUGUAGACUACAAAUUGACGCUUCAGAGAAUUGUGACGUUGGCGCACCGCUGGUUUAUAAUCUCUCUGACGAGGAACAAGACAGUCUGGAAGAUUCAGACAGCUAUGGAACAACAAACUGUAACAGUCUCUCCGAUAUGGAAGAGUACUUUAAAUCACUCGAAAUUUAA